AUGAAGUUAGUGACUUACAACGUUAAUGGCCUGAGGCAACGAGUCUCACAGUUUGAUUCUCUUCUCAAACUCCUCGAUUCCUUCGACGCUGAUAUCAUCUGCUUCCAGGAGACGAAGCUUAGAAGGCAGGAAUUAACAGCGGAUUUGACGAUAGCUGAUGGGUACGAAUCGUUUUUCUCGUGCACUCGCACUUCCGAGAAAGGCCGCACUGGCUAUUCCGGUGUGGCGACGUUUUGCAGAGUGAAGUCGGCAUCUUCAAGCUGUGAGAUUGCUCUGCCUGUUGCUGCGGAAGAAGGCUUCACUGGUCUUGUGAACGGGAAUUCGCGAGGUGGGAAGAAUGAAACGUCUGCUUUAGCUGAAGGUGUUGAGGAGUUCGAAAAAGAAGAGCUUCUUAGGAUUGAUCAAGAGGGACGAUGCGUUAUAACUGAUCAUGGCCAUUUUGUUGUUUUUAAUGUCUAUGGACCGCGAGCUGUAGCUGAUGAUGCUGAGAGGAUCGAGUUUAAGCAUCGGUUCUAUGAUGUUUUAGAGAGAAGAUGGGAGUGUCUCUUGCGUCAAGGAAGAAGAGUGUUUGUUGUUGGUGAUCUCAACAUUGCUCCUUCUGCUAUGGAUCGUUGUGAAGCUGGGCCUGAUUUCGAGAAAAACGAAUUCAGGAAAUGGUUUAGAUCUCUGCUAGUUGAACGUGGAGGCUCAUUCUCUGAUGUUUUCAGAUCAAAACAUCCUGAGAGGAAAGAUGCAUUCACAUGUUGGUCCUCAAGUAGUGGAGCAGAACAAUUUAAUUAUGGUUCGAGAAUUGAUCAUAUCUUAGUCGCUGGAUCAUGCUUGCAUGAAGACGGAGAUCAUCAGCAGGGACAUAGCUUUCUUGCUUGCCAUGUCAAGGAAUGCGACAUACUAACAGAGUAUAAGCGGUUUAAGAGUGAAGAUAUGCCAACAAGGUGGAAAGGUGGAUUGGGCACAAAAUUAAAGGGAUCAGACCAUGUUCCUGUGUUCUUUAGUUUUGAUGAUUUGCCUGACAUCCCCGAACACAACACACCGCCUUUAGCUUCAAGAUAUCUUCCCAUGAUUUUCGGUUUCCAGCAAACUCUUGCGUCAGUGUUUAUGAAAAGGCAGGCCAGUGAGCAAGCCAAAGCCAUUGAGGUUUCAUGCUCAUCAUCGAGUGAAAGCAACGCUGCGUCAAACUGUGGAGCGAUUUCAACAUGUCCACUUAGAAACUGCAGCUUCACGGAUAUUUCACCCGAGGAAUCUUGUUCUUUGUCAUCAGUGAGAGCUGAGAAUAUCUCUAGAGAUGGAAACAGGAAGAAGGCGAGAAAAAUCCAGUCUUCUCAGCUUUCUCUCAAGUCCUUUUUCACUACAAACUUAAAAGUAGCAGCCAUCGAUAAGUCUGCUUCAUGUCAAAGCAUCACAGAACCGACUGUUUGCAGCAAAGAAGACAACGAACCAACGACUACUUCAACGCAGGAACAGGAUCAAAGUGGUUCUUCAGGUAAACAGAAGAACGAUGCAGCUUUAAUGGAGUGGCAGAGGAUACAGAACCUGAUGCAAAACAGCAUACCUCUCUGCAAAGGACACAAAGAAGCUUGUGUUGCUCGUGUCGUAAAGAAACCAGGUCCCACAUUUGGCCGCAGAUUCUACGUCUGCUCUCGAGCUGAGGGACCUUCCUCAAAUCCAGAAGCAAACUGUGGUUACUUCAAAUGGGCUUCAUCAAAAUUCCGAGACAAGUGA